UUUGACAAGUGUGAUUUUAAUUUUUAAUUGUCAUUCGUAUUUUAUAAGUUGUAACGCGACUACGUAUUUUAUUUAAAAAUAAAUAAUAUACUGGAAAUUAUAAUGGAUUUGUUAGAAUUGGUUUCAUCAAAUAAAAUUUUUGGGGGUCUCCAAAAGAUAUUCUCCCAUCAGUCAACUGAGCUUAAAUGCAAAAUGAAUUUUUCUAUUUAUUUUCCUCCGCAAGCGGAGGGUGGUGAUGUUAAAUUACCAGUUAUUUUCUAUCUAUCUGGAUUAACCUGCUCAGAACAAAACUUUAUUUCAAAGUCUGGUUUUCAAAGAUAUGCAGCGGAACAUGGAAUCAUUGUUGUGGGCCCAGACACUUCACCAAGAGGGGUUAAAAUACCUGGAGAUGAUGAAUCAUGGGAUUUUGGGGUUGCUGCUGGAUUUUAUUUAGAUGCAACAAAAGAUCCCUGGUCUAAAAACUAUAGAAUGGGAAGCUAUGUUAAUAGCGAGCUUUAUGGUUUAAUAUUAAGUGCAUUUGAGAAUGUAGUUGAUAUAGACAGAAUUGGUAUAAUGGGCCAUAGUAUGGGGGGUCAUGGUGCCCUCACUUCUGCAUUAAGAAAUCCAGGCCAAUAUAAAUCAAUAAGUGCAUUUGCUCCUAUUUGCAAUCCAAGUGUUUGCCCAUGGGGUGUUAAAGCUUUUAGUGGUUAUUUAGGUGAAGAUAAAAGUAAGUGGGUGGAAUGGGAUGCUACCGAACUUGUAAAGCAGUAUGAUGGACCACCUCUUACUCUUCUAAUUGAUCAGGGUGCUGCUGAUAAUUUCUAUAUCCAAAAGCAACUUCUGCCAGAAAAUCUUGUUGAAGCAUGCCGUUCAGUUGGGAUUCCUGUCAUCUUGAAUUUACGUGAGGGAUAUGACCAUUCCUAUUAUUAUAUUUCCACAUACAUUGGUGAACAUUUUGAUUUCCAUGCAAAAAUACUGAAGGCAUAAUUUUUUAAAUGUAUUGUUGAAGUAUAGCCAAAUAAGACUCGACUUAUCUGAAAGGCCCUUCAAAGUGCAAUUGGUAGUAAUAAAUAUUUAUAUUUUAAACUGGUAAACUUUACAACCUUAUUUUAUUAUCUCCAUGUAAAUAUGCACUCAAAGUGUAAGUUAUGUACUCAUUGUUGAUGUUGUUGCUUUUAUCUACCCCAAAUGCAUUUAAGUUUUGUAAUUAAUUCAGGUGUAAGAAUAAAAAGUUUAUAAAACUG